AUGAUUGCUUGUAUCCUCAACGAAACAGGACGGUCAAAGUUCAUCGACGAACUCUUAGAAGAAAUCGAGUUUUUGAAGCAGCAACAAAAUACCCGGCCGGUCCCGGACAAUCAUCCUUUAGAAGUAAGCCCGCUCGAUGAACAUGUGUCCCAAGAAAUAGCGGCAGAGCCGACGAGGUCGCAAACCACAGUUCCAGCCCCGCAACCUGCCAGAGUCGAGAAUGUCGACUCUGAGAUACAUCCAACCUUUAACGACGCUCCCUGGUUUGACAAUCGAAAUGCCUUCCAUACACCCAUUUUGAUCAGCGAAGCUGCGGACACGGCCUUUGCAACUCGAUUUCGUCAGGUCAUCUCCGACCCUAGGGCACCGGAACCGACCCAUCUUCUUCGUGUUGACUAUGCAAGCGAUGAUGCGUUAAUGUCCCUCGUUGAGUCCGAGGUCCCGUGGCCAAGCCAAUCCCGGGCUCGCUUUUUGCUUGAGGCCGCCUUGAAACAUAUCAGUCGCUGUUACUACAUCGUCCGCGUCGACGAAGUCAAAGAGGGCCUGUCCCGGAUUUUUAUGAACCCGACUUGGGGCAGCCCAGUUAUGUGCUGCAGAUUCUGGGCCCUUUUUGCUCUUGGGGAGCUGUACACUUCCAGAGCGGCGGCGAUGCAGAGCUACCCGGGAAUGGCAUACUUUGCCCAGGCAUCAAAGAUGUUGGGCUACCUAAAUGAACGUCCCGGAACCGAGGUUAUCGAGACUCUACUUAUACUAUCCAUGUACUCACUAGCGCUGAAUCGACGGUACAGUGCAUAUAUACUCUCCGGCACAGCCAUGCGCUCGGCUAUCGUGGUAGGCCUUCAUUUCAACAUAUUAGAAACCCAGCUUUCCGACUUCGAUACCCGAGAGCACAGAAAACGACUUUUUUGGACCACGUACAUGUUUGAUCGGAUGUGGGGGGCCAGUCUCGGCCAUCCCUCGGCAAUUCAUGACGACGAGAUCGAGGUGGACCUUCCCUCCGUUCUCCCGCUCAGCGACGGGACUGGAGUCGAUCAACUUACUAGCAACGGAUUUGACUGCCAAUACCAUGUAGCCCAUAUUGAGCUAACUCGUCGUUUAGCUAAUGUUGUUCGGUCUAUAUAUACACUCCGCCGCAAACAGCUAAAUGCGCAACUCUCUUCCCAAGUCCAUCAGUCGUUACAGGACCUCCAGGCCUGGGUGAACCGAUUACCCCCUCGCUUGCAGAUCGACCACACCCCGGGUGCAGUAAACGAUUGGAAGGUUGUGUCGCUUCAUCUCUCUUUCUACCAAUGUGUCAUUAUUGCCACCCGUCCAAUACUGCUCCAUGCGCUGCGAAUUCAAGUUGCUGCGCCGCAGGAAGGUCCAACAGUCUCCUCGUUUCAGGUACCCACGACUGCCCUAGCGUUGUCAGAAGCGUGCGUGCGAUGUGCGCGACACUCUGCGCAACUCCUAGCUCAAUCCUGGAUUGAUGGUUUCUUCUUUACCUUUGAUUGCUUCUACACUCAAUAUUUGUUCUCUUCGUUGGUUGUGCUAGCAAUAGCAAGUAUCCUUGUUGGACAAGACAACCAAGCUGAUCGAGACUCAUUUGAAGAGGCAUCGCAUCUCUUGAGAGAGCUCAAAGAUGCCGGAAAUUGCAUCGCUCAGGAAUAUUGCCACCAUCUCGAAGCAAUAGAAGCGGCGUUGUUCGCGUAUACGAAAUCGACGAUAGCAGAGCCCCCAGGGUUCCCUGAAGCCCCCACCAUUGAUGCGACGGCGACUUCUCGGCUUUCCCAAAAUAUGCCACGAGGGGCGAUCUCCACGGCAGGUGUUCCAUGGACCGAUUCAUCUCUGCAGCAACUUCUCUCCCAGCCUGCGCUUGAUAUGCAGUUUUUAGAGGAUGCCGUCAGAGAUACUUAUUCACAAGGACUCUAUCAGCAUGAUUUUGACUUCAGGGGUUGA